UGGAUGGGAAGUGAGCACUUAAAAGCAAAAGUUUGCACGUUUUUAGGGCGUGUGACGUUUUCUCCUUGAGUUUAUGGUGUUUGAAAAGUUCCAGUAUCGGAUGAGACUAAUUGUAGAUGUAGACAGGUGUGUGUGGCUCCAAGGAACCUUUGGCAGUGUGCGCAUUGUUGUAAACACUCAGGAUGUCUAACUCCACCAUCAACUUCUAUGCUGUGGCACAGUCUUUCAGCUUCUCAGACAUUAUUGUCAUUGCAACCUACUUUCUUCUCAACCUUGCCGUUGGCAUCUGGUCUUCAUGCAGGGUGAGCAGAAACACUCUGAGUGGAUAUUUCUUGGCUGGGCGCGACAUGGCCUGGUGGCCGAUUGGAUCGUCUCUGUUUGCCAGUUCAGAGGGCUCGGGUUUGUUUAUCGGUCUGGCGGGGACGGGAGCUGCUGGAGGUAUCGCUGUCACCGGCUUUGAAUGGAAUGCCACCUAUGUGCUGCUGGCUCUAGCCUGGGUAUUUGUGCCUGUCUACAUCUCCUCCGGGAUUGUGACCAUGCCGGAGUAUCUGGGACGUCGUUUUGGAGGAGAGAGGAUCAGAACCUACCUGGCCGUCCUCUCACUGUUGUUGUCCGUCUUCACAAAGAUUUCAACUGACCUGUACUCCGGAGCCUUGUUUGUUCAGGUGUGUCUGGGUUGGAACCUCUACCUGUCCACUGUCCUCAUGCUGGUGGUCACUGCUCUCUACACCAUUGCAGGUGGUCUCGCUGCCGUCAUCUACACAGACACCCUCCAGACGUUUAUCAUGCUUGUCGGUGCAAUUAUCCUUACAGUUACUGCUUUCAAUGAGAUCGGUGGCUACAGCAACCUGGCAGAGCGGUACAGCAGAGCAGUGCCCAGUAAAAUUAUUCCCAACAGUACUUGCCACCUGCCACGGCAGGACGCCAUGCACCUGUUCAGAGAUGCCGUCACUGGAGACCUGCCCUGGCCUGGAAUGACUCUGGGGCUCACCAUACUGGCCACAUGGUACUGGUGCACCGACCAGGUUAUUGUACAAAGGUCCCUGUCUGCUAAGAACAUGAGUCAUGUGAAAGGAGCGUCCAUCUUUGCUGCCUAUCUAAAGAUGCUUCCCUUCAUCUUCAUCGUCCUCCCUGGCAUGAUCAGUCGAGCUCUCUACCCAGACACUGUAGGAUGUGUGGAUCCAGAAGAGUGUGUGCGAGUGUGUGGAGCUGAGGUGGGCUGCUCCAACAUCGCCUUCCCCAAACUGGUCAUUGAACUCAUGCCGAGCGGCUUGCGGGGACUCAUGAUAGCUGUGAUGAUGGCCGCUCUGAUGUCUUCGCUGACCUCCAUCUUCAACAGCAGCUCCACACUCUUUACCAUGGACAUCUGGAAGAAGCACCACCCACGAGCCUCUGAGAAGGAGCUGCUGCUGGUCGGCAGGAUUGUGACUGUGAUCUUGGUGGUGGUGAGUGUGGUCUGGAUCCCCAUCCUUCAGUCAGCCAACAGCGGGCAGCUGUACGUUUACAUCCAGUCAGUGACGAGCUACCUCGCUCCACCCGUCACUGCUGUCUUCACUCUGGCCGUCUUCUGGAAGAGGACCAAUGAGCAGGGUGCCUUCUGGGGCCUGAUGGUGGGCUUGGUGGUCGGUGUGUGCAGGAUGGUGUUGGAGUUUGCCUUCCCUCCUCCCAGAUGUGGUGUUGAGGAUUCGGCACCCGCGGUGCUACGUGGCGUCCAUUACCUCCACUUUGCCAUUCUGCUCUGUGGGCUCACAGCUAUUGUUGUUGCCAUAGUGUCACUGCUUACACCACCGCCCACCCAUGAACAGGUGUGUAACCUGACCUGGUGGACAAUAACUGAAGAGCCAAAAAGAGACAUUCCUCUACAAAAAGUGUCCUCCAUCAGCCACCGUAUCUCCCAGGACUCUGAGCCAACACGGCGGGUGACAUGCGGUCGGGGGACGGGACUGUGUAUCUCAGCAGUACGGCGAUCAGAGGAGACUCCAGCUCCCAGAGUCCCGAGCAUUCGAGAGAGCGCGUUGUGGUCGCGGUUCUGCUGUUUCAAUGCUCUCCUGCUGGUCAGCAUUAACAUUUUUCUCUAUGCAUACUUUGCCUGAGGGGAGGUCAGAUUUAACAUCCGGCCUCACUGUCCUGCUGAACUGUAGUCUCUCCAACAUGAGCAGGAAAACGAUUCCUCUACAUCCAAGAAUGUGAAGAAACAAAUAGAUCUUUGCUUAGAUUCCACCUGAAUCCUUAAGACAGCAACUCACAGUGUAAAGCCAGUAGAUGCCGUUAGACAGCAGAGCACAUAUCUCCUCUAAAGCUGCACAAACAGCUAGAUUUGCCAUGAUUUGGAUUCACAUGUGCAUCACAGCAGUAUGUAGGACAGACACUAAUGGGUUACAGAUGUCAGACUUAGAUUGCAAAUUCAAGCAAAAUCAGUGGUGUAAUUUAUAACUAAUUUAUCAGACAUAUAGUUAGUCCAAAUAUUUACUUUGUAUUUAUGAAUUUUUGACUGCUGCACCACUGCAGCCUACUGAAUUAUUUGUUAAACUUUUCUACCUUUUUCUUUGUUUUAGAAAGGUAUAAAAAGAUAAAUUACACCGAAGCGUGUGGAUCGUAACAAGCUAACAUCAGUGUGCAGUUAGCAAAGGACCUCUAAAUAAAAGGGCAUCAAACAUCAUCUUUAAUUUAAAGCUUAAAAUAUGUAGCGAGAGCACAUCUAUGUGAUUUAGUUUC